GAAGAGAGCAACAAGGGUCCUUCGAGUCGGGACCCACAUGUGGGUCGAACUCUUGGCGUCUGCUCUCCACAGAAAUUUGUUGCGGACUUCCGCAAGCCCUCUUGCAGCAACUUCAAACCGAAGCAACUAGCCGUGAAGAUGGGUCUCGCACAGCAGAAGAAUCGCUCCAAGAUCUCCAAUGACCCUCAGAACACUCACUGGGCGAACAACACCGAGCGGUUCGGUCACAAGAUUUUGGCUGCACAAGGAUGGAAAACUGGCGACACCCUCGGCGCCAAAGACGCUGCCCACGAAGCGCACUACACGCAAGCGUCGCAGUCGCACAUUCGCGUUUUCCUGAAGGAUGAUAAUUUAGGUCUGGGCGCAAAACGUGGAAGUGAGCGCGCAGAGAACUUUGGUCUUGCAGGUCUAGAGAGUAUUCUGGGACGUCUGAACGGCAGGGAAGAAGAAGUCAAAAAAGAAGAGGCCAGGCGUGAGGAGGUUGAGAAGAGGGCGUAUGUGUACAGGAAAUUUGGCUCGAUGAACUUUAUCAGUGGUGGCUUCCUUGUCGGCGACAAGUUAGUUCCCAGGGCAGAAGUCAAGCUAGAGCCAACGAAACCCAAGAUCAAGGAGGAGCCGGACAGCGACGAUGGCACAAGCAAGAAGCGCAAGCGAGAGGUGGCUGAUGCUACUGAAGAAGACUCAAGCGAGCAGAAGUUGAAGCGCAAGAAGAAGAGCAUGGACCUGCGCGAGGAGGCAGACAAGCAAGACAAGAAGAUCAAAAAAGAGAAGAAGGACAAGAAGGACAGGAAGGAUAAGAAGGACAAAUCCAGCAAGAAGGUCAAGAAGGAGAAGGUUUCAUCUGACCCCGAACCGAUGUCUGACGAUGCGCCCACGCCUGCGUCCGAUCCCGAACCCCUCACAGACAAGGCGAGACGGAAGGCCGAAAAGAAAGCUCGUAAAGAAGAGAAGAAGCUUAAGAAGGCUCUCAAGAGAGCUGCAAAGGAAGCCAAGAAGGCCAAGGGCAGUGCCGACGACUCCAGCUCAGAAAGCGACGACGACGAUACCACACCAAGCUCCUCAGUACCAGCGACCGGCACAUCUACACCCAGCUUUGUACCACGAGGUGUGCAGACAGCCAGACAUAGGCACAUCAUGAUGAAGAAGCGCGCUAGCAUGGAUCCGCAGGCACUGAAAGAGGUAUGCGAAAACACUUACGAUAGACGCUGCUUCAUAGUACUAACAUGUAUCCCCAGAUUUUCAUGAUCAAGACUCCAGUAGCAUAGUCAACCGGACAUUGUUACUUCCACGUGCAUAGCGAGGCGUUUGGGACAUCUGUUGUUAGUAUGAGCAUUAGGGAGCCGUUGUUCGUUGCACAUGGGUAGAUUAGACGAUUAAAAACAGCUGUUUGACCCUUUUUGAUUGAACAUCUACUCACAUCUGGUUGUUUAAACAUACGAUUUAGACUCAUGAAGGAAGCCUGG